AUGGCGACUAUCAAAGAGAUCAUGAAACGGUGCGGUCUGGGUAACACCUUCCGACGAAUGAGUCCGUCAGCUUUGAGGACAGCGAUAGCGGAAGGCCACAGUGCGAUUGAUGGCAAUGUCAGGCGCGGAAAUUGCCUCGUGUCGGUGGACGUUUUGCAGGCCAUUCUCGACGAAGUGGAAAGUACUCCCGGUUCCAUGCCAGAUGGGAUGUCCACGAGCGCCUGCCCUCCGCAGCUUGCCGUAGACCAGGGCUUGACGACGCCGACUCUCCCGCCCGGUACGAAGCGUAAACUGCUCAAUCCAGGAAGUCGCACCACAGCAGAGGGCGGCGGGAGCGGCAUUGAGGCGGCCGCCAAGAAGCGAAAGGUGGUAGGCGCGGCUGAUGAGGGGAAAUUGAAGAAGCAAAAGGAGGAAAAGAAGCAAAAGCAAAGAGCAGAAAAAAAGCAAAAACUGAUGACGUUCCUGGAUCGGCGUAUUCAAGACCGUAUGAAGGGCAAUAAGCCAAUCAACCUUGUGAAACCACGGAACACUAUUCACGAAGCCACACUCAAGCACUUUGACAACAAAGGGUACCGGCUCAAUCUGCAGAAACUAUCGACCGAGAGCCCUACACCUAAGCAACUUCACGACGUUGAGGCUGCCAGAACCUUCGGCCCGAACUAUCUUGGCCGGACUGCCUCACUCAGUUUCGGCACCAACUUCGACAUGAUAAAGCGUCCAACCAAUGGACAUAGCAACAUCGACAUUCUGCUCCCGGCUGCCGACACCCACAAUAGCCAGAGCCUUCAUGACAACCUUGGAGACUUCACGGCGGGCGAGUUGCAGUACAUGCUCGGCCACCACCUCAUCUGGACUGACUUGCCGAGCGACGAGUUCUUAUCUUACAGCAACGAUCCGUUGUUCUUGGUCGUGCAUCGCUGGACAGGUUUCAUGAGGGGCAAGGCGGCCAUCUUUCAGGUACCUUCUGCACCAAUUUGGGCGGAGAUGCAGAAGACAAAGCUGCAUCCGCGGAAGUUUACUCAGGAGUACCUGUCACAUCACACCAUCAUCGUGAAGGACACCCGAUUCCAGCAGGCGUCGAUUGAGAAGCUCAUCAAAGAUGGCCUUUACGACAUCUUCCCGGCGUUCAGGGUCCCGCAGGAUCACCAGCGUGUCGGCUUAUACACGGGUCAGGUCGUGCUGCGCAAAGCAGGGUAUGCGCCAAAUCCCGACAGCCUACCGCCCAAGUUGAAGAGGCGCAUCUACUCGUACCGCUACUCCGCUGACACUACGCCGUGCACCGAAGAUCUCCUGAAGCUUGUUCAAAAAGUGACCCGCAACUUUAUGGCACGGGCAACUGAACCACACCUUCACAUCUUCCCAAGCUUCCUGACCUUCCAGAAGCGCCUAGAUGACGACCCAGUCCUGAUCGACUGGCUCCGCAAUCAUUACACUGCUCUGGACGUUCAAGACCUCUACGCAGAUGGUGAAGGCGGCGUUCGUACCGGCUUCACUCAUGUCGCCAACAAUCUGCCCGGUGUAAUGCAGUACCUCGACCUUGUGCGCACGGCGUGCACAGCCUUCGGUCUACCUGCGCUGCCUCCCAACAAGGUGCACAGGUCCAAUCCCACUACUGACCACUGGUACGCGGACGAGGAUGCGAAGCAACACCGUAACCACGUGUCCUCCAAGCCCUACGACCGCAUCAUCCAGCAAGAUGCACGGGACAAGGCGAAGCGUAAGCGAAAGACGAAGAAAGAGAGUUUGUGGAACGUUUUAAGAGCGAGCCACGAGGUCAGUUCCAUGCGGGACAGGGACUUGACUACCGAUAAGCAGAUGACAGUAUCAGGGGCAGGAGACGACAAUGUUGAGGAUGCAGCGGGCGUACCGGUCGAUGCUGAGGAAAACCCGAAGCUGCUGCAGUACGACGAUUCGUCUGCACACCUGGAUGGUUACAUUGACCGGAGCGCAAACGAGGGUCCGAAGCAACGGGAAAUGCAGUUCGUUGCUGCGGCUGAGACUCCUUUGUGA